AUGUCUAGUGAAGCUUAUCAUUGCUGCAGAACCGGAAAGUUCCCGGUCCUCGUCUACUGUGCUGUGGAUCGUAAGGGCGAUGUUCUGUUCAAUUCAAUGUCAUUAGACGCCGUGUUUUGGAUUGCUUCCUGUACGAAGUUGAUAACGAGUAUAGCCUGUAUGCAGAUGGUCGAGCAGGGCGAUCUCGCACUUGAUGGACUUUUCAUUUUGAUGCCCAAAGAGCGCGGGAUCACGCUUCGCAUGCUCUUGAACCAUACUUCUGGCUUUGUCUACGCCUUUCAGGAUCUCAAGCUGUGCGACUGGUCUCGCCCAGUCGGCCUAGACGAUUUCUGCAGCCAUGAGUCGGAUGUGUUGCACCGGCCACUGGUCAAUCAGCCCGAACCUAAGAUCCAGUUUGGUCUAUCCCUGGGAGGGUAUUUUCAAAAGUUUACCCUGCAGCCUCUGACCAUGAACCUGGCGUAUGUGCAUCAACGGGCUAAGGAUGGUACUCUGAGCGUCACCGACCAUCUCUACCGCGCUCAACUUCGGAAGCCAGAAACAGUGAAAGAAAUGUUCACCGACCAAAUGCCGGGUAAGCCCCUUCUUGCAAAUCCUUGCCCGGCUGGGGGAUUGUCCUUAUCUCUUAGCCAUCAGAAGAGCGCAAUAGGAAGGGUAGCUGGACCUGGAUCUUGGGAGGGGCUAGCAAACUUGUUCUAA